AUGGCGGACAACAAGCCAACACCAAGAACAGCGCAUCUGAUAUCGCUUAUGCUCGCAUCCAAGGGGAUAAACGAUGCACCACCAGCAACGAUCCAUAUGUUGCUUGACUUCUCCAACAGGUACACGCACGAGAUAUUAUCAGAUUCGCUAGUUUAUGCAGAGUACGCCGGCAGGAAUGGUCAUGGCGGUGUUGAGCUUGGUGAUGUUGAGAUGGCGAUAUCUGUGAAAUCAAACCACCAAUUCUCUCUCGCGCCACCUAAGGAAUACCUCCUUGAACUCUCGCAGACACUUAACUCGCGUCCGCUGCCGCCGCUGCCAGAGUCAUAUGGUCCUAGAAUGCCCCCACCAAGGCAUAGACUCACAGCGCCUAACUUCUCCCUCAUUCCGUCAACCUCGAGGGGGAGCGAGGACAUUUCCGUUGGUGAAUCCGGUGACAGACUCACUCGUGCAGCAAAGGUCCUUGAGCAACUCACUGGUCAAACUCCAGUCACCUCAAAGGCACGCUACACCGUCCGUACCUUCGGUAUCCGUCGUAACGAAAAGAUCGCUUGCCACGUUACCGUUAGAGGUCCAAAGGCUGAGGAAAUCUUAGAGCGUGGCCUUAAGGUUAAGGAGUACGAGCUUAAGAAGGGUAACUUUAGUGAAACUGGUAACUUUGGUUUCGGUGUCGACGAGCACAUCGAUUUGGGUAUCAAGUAUGACCCAGGUAUUGGUAUCUUCGGUGCUGACUUCUACGUCGUCAUCUCCCGCCCUGGUUACCGCGUUGCUAAGCGUAAGUCUCGCAACAACAAGAUUGGCUUCCAGCACAAGGUCAAGAAGGAGGAAGCUCAAGCUUGGUUCAAGCAACGUUUUGAUGGUAUUAUCUCUGCCAACGCGAUAUGCUUAUCAGGUGAAUUGCAAAGUGAGAUUAGAGCAAAAAAUGCGGGCGUUGAUUUGAAUAAAAACUAUGAUGACUUUGAUGAGAAGGAGCUUAGCGGCUGGAAGGAUGCUGAAAAUCCCGGGCCCACGCGCACAACCACUGCGUUCUUCAGUAGCUUCACAGCGUACUCACAAACCACCACGCCCAAAACAGAACACGCCGUCAUAUCGACUUUCGAUCUCUUCUCAAUUGGGAUUGGACCAUCAAGCUCGCACACAUGCGGACCGUUACGCGCAGCGCGUAUAUUCGUGAACGAUUUAACUGAUUCCGGGGUGCUAUCUAAGGUGCACUCGCUGAAAAUAACGCUGUAUGGCUCGCUAGCCCUGACUGGCGGUGGGCACAUGACCGACAAGGCAAUUUGCUGGGGGCUUCAGGGAUUCGAUCCAGAGGAUAUGAGUAUGGAUGUAAACACGCUUCCUGGCAAGUUCGAGAAGGUGGAGAAGGAGCGCGCGAUUGAGCUGCGCAGUGAGAACUCUCAGACAAAGAAGGUCACCUUCGAUAUACACAAGGACAUCAACUGGCGGAUGGACGAGGCACUCCCACGCCAUCCGAACGCGAUGCAGAUUAGCGUUUUCGCUGAGUCGGGUGAUCUGCUCGCCACUAACACCUUCUACUCGAUCGGCGGCGGGUUCGUCGUGCACGACAACACCGAGAUCACGGAGAAUGUCUUCUACAAGGCGAUCAAGAAGGAUGAGGUGGAUAGGUCGAGACGCGAGGUGCAGGUGGUAGAGGAGGGCGGGGAUGGUGCGAGCGCAUCAGGCACACCCAAAGAAGUCCCCUUCCCUUUCCACACGGGUGACGAACUGCUCCAGCUGUGCGCAACGCACAACCUCACCAUUGCGCAGAUAGUCUACAACAACGAGCUGACGUGGUACACGCCCGAGGAGAUUGACGCAAAGCUAACGACUAUCUGGCACGCAAUGGACGACAGCAUCCUCAAUGGGAUAUCCGCCAACGAGGAGUAUUUGCCCGGCCCAAUGAAGGUGAAGAAGCGCGGGAAGAUGUUGUACAGUAGGCUACAGAGCGGGCUAUAUAGGCGAAGCAGCCAAGACGCGCAAAACACUCCACAGAUUCACGGCAACAUUUCCCAUCCCCUACCCCCUAUCCCGCCGCGUCGGAACAACGAAGUGAAAACCAUAGAUUUCCUCAUGUGUUACUCGAUAGCGGUGAUGGAGGCUAAUGCAUGUGGGGCGCGACUGGUAACAUCCCCCACUAUGGGCAGUGCUGGUGUGAUACCGGCGGUAUUGAAAUAUUAUCUGGAGUUCCUAUCCCACGAUGCACACACCGACAUGCAACAGUUCCUCCUCACCAGCGCAGCAAUAGCCAUGCUCAUACGUCGUGGUGCUUCAAUCAGUGCCGCAGAGGCAGGGUGCAUGGGGGAGGUCGGAAGUGCUACGUCUAUGGCGGCGGCAGGAUUCGCGGCGCUCAAUGGAGGCAGCACCAAGGAGAUACUCCAGGCGGCUGAGUGUGGAAUAGAGCAUUUCUUAGGCCUUACUUGCGAUAUUCCUCACGGUCUCGUGCAGGUGCCAUGCAUUGAGCGCAACUACCUCGGCGCCGUCAAGUCUAUCAGUGCCGCUCAGCUAGCUCUCUCCACCAACGGCGAACACGUUGUCUCGUUUGAUAUGGCCAUCAAUGCUAUGCGUGAGACGGCCGCGCUGAUGAGUACGCAGCUCAAGGAGACUUCUCUCGCCGGUCUGGCCACGUCGGUGAAGAUACCGGUAUCUGUGUCUGAGUGUUGA